CGGAGGGGCCGAAGGUAUCGUGGGGGGUUGGCGUACACACGCAUCAGGUUAGGUUGUGAGUGCGGCCUGGGUCGGGAGUCUGUGGCCGAGGGAAGAUCCGUCAGGAAGCAUGUCGGCUUCGGGAGCCUUGUUCCCCAGCCUGGUGGCCGGGAGUCGCGGUUCCUCCAGUAAGUACCUGGUGGAGUUCCGCGCCGGCAAGAUGUCGCUGAAGGGGUCGACGGUGACGCCGGACAAGCGCAAGGGCCAAGUGUACAUCCAACAGACGGAUGACUCGCUCAUCCACUUCUGCUGGAAGGACCGCACCGCCGGCACCGUAGAGGAUGACCUGAUCAUUUUUCCAGAUGACUGUGAGUUUAAAAGAGUGGCCCAGUGUACUACUGGUCGAGUGUACGUGCUGAAGUUCAAAGCAGGAUCCAAACGGCUUUUCUUUUGGAUGCAGGAGCCUAAAGCUGACAAAGAUGAAGAGUUUUGUCGUAAAGUGAAUGAAUAUCUGAACAACCCUCCGAUUCCUGGUGCUUUGGGUGGUGGUGGCAGCAGUGGGGGUCAUGACCUAGCUGCACUUGGAGGAGACAGUGGUCUGCAAAGUCUUUUGGGUAACAUGAGUCCUAACCAGCUGAUGCAGCUGAUGGGAGCAACCGGUUUAGGUGGACUUGGUAGCCUUGGUGCUCUGGCAGGUCCAGCUGGUCUUGCUGGCUUACUUGGCAGUGGAGGUCCCUCAGGUGGUAGUACUUCUUCAGGCUCACGAAGCCAGACUGCAGCCAUUACUCCGUCCUCGACGAGCUCUGCAGUUCGUAUGACUUCAGUGCCUUCUGUUGCGGCAGCAAUGGCGCCAGUGCCAUCUCCGAGUGUAGCAUCAACGGGUGUGCCGGCAGCAGCAGCACUAACUACACCAGCAGCACCCAACUCUGGUUCUACGGCUAUUUCCGGCCCUGCGCCUGGAUCUGGGUCUGUCACAGCAUCGGGAUCUGCAACAAGCCCAGCACAGCCUAUUCAGCUGCGUGACUUGCAGAGUAUCCUGGCUAGCAUGUCCGUUCCUGCUGCAACAGAAGGGACAGGACAGCAGGUGGAUUUAGCCAGUGUAUUGACACCAGAGGUUAUGGCUCCUAUCCUGGCGAAUGCAGAGGUUCAAGAACGAUUAUUACCAUACCUUCCAACAGGGGAAUUACUGCCUCAGCCUGCAGAGGAAAUCCAAAAUACAAUAACAUCUCCUCAGUUUCAACAGGCCAUGAGUAUGUUCAGUGCUGCAUUGGCUUCAGGACAGUUGGGUCCUUUGAUGAGUCAGUUUGGCUUACCGGCAGAGGCUGUGGAAGCAGCUGGAAAGGGGGAUGUGGAAGGAUUUGCCAAAGCCAUGCAAAACAGUUCUACAUCUUCAAAAGCACAGUCCAAUGAAAAGGAGGGAGACAGUGAUUCAAAGGAUAAAAAAGAUGAAGAGGAGGAUAUGAGUUUAGACUGAAUAAUAUUCAGUGGUUUUUUCUUUAACCCCUUUGUAAAAGUUAAUGUAAUGAUUAAUGCAUUUAGUUUGAUUGUCUUCUAUUAAUCCCAAAACUUAUGACUAUUAAAGAUUCUUUAUAGGGCAAGAGAAUUUUGUUAAUGUCAGUUAUUUAGAUUUUUUUCCCUACAAUUUAGUCUGUGCAAAGUAGCCUCCCAAGUUACGGGAUGAUGCUGUUGGCAUUACCAUCUUUAAUUGGCAGGAAAUGCACAAUUCCUGUUUGUGCAAAUGUGGUAAACCUGAAGUUGGCACUGAUUUGCUGCUGGAAUGUGGACUUCAGCAAGAAAGUGAAAAGUUGUAGUAGUUCCUUAAAAGUAUGGUAAUGAAUUUGUCUGACAAGCUUGCAUUAAGGUUGGAGGAGGCAUAAGAAGUAGAGAGUGGCUGCAAAGGACUUGUAAGUAUGUUUGGUUUGUUUUUUUUUUAUAAUGCUUUGAGUAUUUGAAGUGUCUACAUGUUUUAGGAAUUUGGAAAGCUUGAAAGGAAAAGUGACCUUUAAUAGAUUUUGUGACUUGGGCUAGUUCAGUUUUUCUUUUGAGAAAAUUAUACUUGAGGGGCCUUGCUACUUGGUUUUGCCCUGGCCAAUUGCUUCAAGGUAGUUGUGCAUUUAAUCAGUUAUCUGAAAAUGUGCUGUUAAUGUUUUGUCAGAGUGAGUUCCAGAAAUCUCUGCAACAGUGCACCUGAAUCUGUUAGAAGAGAACAGUUCAGAAUUCAGUACUUUCCUUCUGCUUUCUCUGUAUAAUUCCACAUGACUUUAAAAUGGUAUAUGUAUUCUUUGUACAGAAUCCUUUGAUAUUUUUAGUUGGGUAUUCUUGCUAUCCAUUCUUCAGCUAGAGGAAAGAGCUCAAAUCUUUUUGUAUUCUUAACUUCAGUGCAGUUAGUUUUGCCCUAUUUAUACAGUAUUACUUGUAAAGAAUAUUGGAAUAUUAUUUAGUGAGCUUCAUUCUUGGAAAACUGAUUUCCUAUCAAAAGCUAAUCAAUGUCCUUAAACAUUCAUCCACUGUUAACAACUUCCAACUAUUGAAUUAUA